AGCCACAGGUGAUAAUGAUUCAGUGAUGGUUAGCACAGUGACUCUGCUGCUCAGACAAAAGGAAGUGUGAUGGAAAUGAGCUGGACUGCAGCAUUUUUCUACAGGCUUUUUGAUUUUUAAUAUGUUUGUUGAAGUUGAGUGAAUCUCAGACAUGUCAGCCAGAGGAUUUGAGAUUCUGCAAGGCAGCGCUCAUAAAGAAAAUGAUACCCAUGUAGACCAACAGCUCCACAGGAUGAUGACUCUGGCCAGUGUAAAGAGAAGCCUGGAGUUUAGCCAUCUGGACUAUGAGGAACCACAGCAGCAUACCGAGCCAGCUACCAUAAAUCAAGCUCAUCAUGACCAACGCGAAACGUUUGACUUCAACACUGUUGAGACAAAAACUGAAAACAUUUCAGUGCCAGAUGACCUGAGUUCCAUGCUGAAAGGGAUGAAGGGAUAUCAGCUGACCACAAAUGACUUGCUAUUCAUAAAAAAAAUGAAAGAAGAUGCACACAUUAAAAAGCUCCAAAGUGACCUGGAGGACACGCAGAAGCUGCUGAAAACAGAAACAGCAGUCUUAGAGCUGAUGUCUGCUUUCAGGGAUACAGCAAGUGUUGAACUGAACAAGUUUGCUUCCUGUGAAGAGCUCACUGAGUGGGUAAAGGUGGUCCUCAAAAUGACACGGACAGUGACAGAGAUUACAGAUGUAGACACCAAGGCCCUCCUGGCCAUGGUGACGACAGAAGACGUCCAGAGAGUCAUAGAGUUUUUCCACCAGCAUGACACACAAAUGCUGUUGUAUGCAAAUGACAGGAAGAAGAAAGAGGCCAAAGAGAAAAGGCAGCUUGAAAAACAAAUUGCAAGCCAACAGCUGGAGGUACAAGAUUUGAUGAAGCAGUUAACCAGCCUGACAGCUGAACUUGAACAUGAAGAGGAAGCCUAUAAAGCUCUGCAGAUGCAGAUCAAAACCCAAGAGGAAGCAGUGGAAGCAGAAGAAGUGAAAGCCUCAGAAGAACUACAAGCCACCAAAAGCCCAGUGGAAUGUCAAGGAAAGAAAAGAAGAAAGGUUGUUAGAUAUGCUGACAUGUUGCAAGGCACAUCAGCAAGGGGGAAACACACAGGCAGUAAAGCAGACAAUCAUAUCACUGUUAAAGAUGACUUGAAGACAAAACAAAACUCUGUAGCAGAAGAGUUGAAAAAGUCAGAUAAAGCUGCCAGAGGGCGAGUGAAGAAGGUCGUGCAAGGAUCAGAUUCACAAGAUUCUGUGCGAGGGAGAAGAAAGCCGCCCAAAACUGGGGAAGCUGCGUCCACCUCACAGCAGAUGGCUCCCUCCCCCAGUAGAAGGAAAGCUGGGGUGGCUGCAGAUGUAGAGGAGGCACAGAUCCCUGUUCUGAGAAGGUCCAAGAGAAUAGCCAACAGAAAGUGAGUGUGUUCGUGUGCCGAGCAGCUCCACUGUCAGGGAUUGGCUCAAGGGCGCUUCAGCUGAUGCAGUGUAGAAUAAAUUUGCAAACAUCAACCUUCUUACUCGCUAAACUAUUAUUGUUAGCAUUUUAGCUUAAGCAUGGUUCUUUCUAUAUGUGUAGCCUCAGAUCUGUUAAGUUAAAUGUUUUCUAUUGCAAUGCAUAUUUGUGUAAUUUUAGAAAUCUAGUGACUUUGUUUUAAUAGGUUUUAAUUUUUCACAGCUUUGAUUAGUGUUCACUGGUGCUUUGAAGCUGAUAUCAAGUCUCCCCCCCCCAACUGAAACAGUUCAAUAAAGUCCUAAUGAAUUUGCUGCCUUCUUGACAAUUUUUAAAUAAUUUAAAUGUGGAGGGUAAAAGGACUAGUCCAGU